AAUCCCCACUUCACAAACCAGGGCUUGAAAAUAAAAAUAAAACAUUGCUUCCAAAGCAAGAAAUAAGGCAAAGCAAGAUAAACAAUAAAGAUGGAGAACGCAAAGGACUCCGUCAUCCUCUGCCUUGCCUUCUUCCUUGUCUUCUCUUCGGCUUCGGCCUUUGACAUCGUCAAGCUUCUCGAGAAGCAGUCGGAUUUCAGCAGCUUCACCAACUAUCUCAAGGAGACCAAGCUCGGAGACGAGAUCAACAAGCGCAGCACCAUCACAGUGUUGGCAGUGGACAAUGGAGGCAUCUCAAGCAUCUCCGGAAAAUCCCAAGAUGUGAUCAAGAAGAUCCUGAGCGCACACGUGGUUUUGGAUUACUAUGACCAGAAGAAACUGACCAAUUUAGUUACUUCCAGCAAGGUGUCAACCCUAACCACAAUGCUCCAGUCCACUGGCCAGGCCAAGGACCAGCAAGGGUUCAUCAACCUCGGAAAGAUAGACGAGGGAGGGCUUGCUUUCGGGUCAGCUGUCAAGGGCAGCAAGCUCAACGCCAAGCUCGUGAAAUCCGUUGUCUCUCAGCCCUUCAACAUUUCAGUUCUUCAAAUCUCAAAUGUGAUUGAAAUUCCUGACAUUUCUGCUGCCUCGAGCCCUGCCAGCUCACCAAAGUCCUCUGCCUCACCAGCUCCUUCUCCAUCAAAGAAAUCAUCCUCUGAUGCUCCCAGUCCUUCCUCCGAGGUUUCAUCCCCACCUGUUUCUGGUGAUGCUUCAUCUGCAUCCUCACCAUCUGCUGAUGCACCAGCCGGAUCAUCAAGCUCUACCACUGGUUCACGCCGUGAGAUGGCUGUUGGCGCCGGAGUGGUGAUCAUGAGCUUGGCUUCCCUUUUGUUUGCUUAAGUAGUCGUCAAUCAUUGAGGAAAUGAAAAAAAAAAAAAAAGAGAGAGAACGUAGGAUCGAAAAAUAUUUAUCUUAAAGAGUUCGCAAUAGUGGUUUUGCGUGGCAAAUGUAUGGAACAUAUAUUCAUGUAAGAAGCUGUUGUUUUCCUUUUAUUAUGCAUCAGAUACCCUUUAAGUA